AAAACAGGCCACUUGUCAUAUUUCCUAAUUAAGUAUCUAAUUAAGAUGGAGAAUGAAGAAAUAGUUCGUAAGACAUCGAAAUAUCAUUCAAGUGUUUGGGGCGAUUAUUUCAUCCAACAUAUUUCUCCUACUCUAGAUACUACAAAGGAAUCAAGUGUGAAAAGGGCGGAGGAGCUCAAGGAGCAAAUAAAGAAGUUGUUUCAAGAAACCAGUGAUGUAUCAGAGCUUAUGAAUUUAGUCGACUCGAUUCAGUUGCUCGGAUUGGAUUAUCACUAUGAGAAAGAAAUAAAUGUUGCACUUAGUUUAAUCUCUGCAGCAGAUGUUAAGAACUUUGGGCUUUAUGAAACUUCUCUUCGAUUUCGAUUACUUAGGCAAUAUGGAAUCUAUGUGCCUGCAGAUGUUUUUAACCGGUUCAAAGAUGAGGAAGGAAACUUCAUAUCAACAUUGAAUGAAGAUGUAAAGGGAUUAUUAAGCUUAUACAAUGGAGCUUACCUUAGGAUACACGGGGAGAAUAUACUUGAUGAAGCCAUUUCAUUUACAAAGAAGCGACUUGUAUCAUUGUUGGGCAAACUUGAACAACCUUUAGUGAUAUUGGUGUCGCUUUUCCUUGAGACACCACUAUGUCGAAGAAAUAGAAGACUCUUGACAAGAAAAUAUAUACCAAUUUAUCAAGCGGAUAAGAGCCGAAAUGAUGCAAUAUUAGAGUUAGCAAAGUUGGACUUCAAUCUAUUGCAAUCUCUUCAUCAAGAGGAACUAAAGAAAAUUUCAAUAUGGUGGAAUGAUUUAGCACUUGCUAAGUCUCUUACUUUUACUCGUGAUCGAGUGGUGGAAUGCUAUUAUUGAAUUCUUACUGUGUAUUUUGAGCCUCAAUAUUCUCGUGCAAGAUUGAUUACAACCAUGGUCAUCUCAUGUCUAUCACUUAUGGAUGACAUAUAUGAUAAUUAUAGCAUAUUGGAAGAGAGCCAAUUAUUAACUGAGGCAAUUCAAAGGUGGGAACCUCAAGCCGUUGAUCAAGUACCAGAAUACUUAAAGGAUUUCUACCUCAAGUUAGACGUUUAGGGAAAUUGAAAAUGAACUAGAAAGUGAUGAAAAAUACCGCAUAUCAUUUCUUCAAGAUAUGGUAAAACAAUACAUG